AAACACAAAUACAAACUUUGCAAGCUACUCUGUUUUGUCGAACCCAUAGGCGCGAUGGAGGACCUAGUGAAGAGGAGAGCAUUUUUUUUGUUGGUUUCAUGUAUAUGGUUGCGUAUGUUAGUUCUUGGUGGGACUGGGAAUGCCACUGUCUCUUCUUUGUCUGGGCCAAGAGAGGUGAACUUUGGAGCUUUAUUUACAGCUAAUUCAGUUAUUGGAAGGUCUGUAAUGCCAGCAGUACUAGCUGCAGUUGAUGAUGUUAAUGCUGAUUCUACCGUGCUCAAUGGGACCAAAUUGAACGUCAUAGUACAGGAUACAAAUUGCAGUGGAUUCAUUGGCACUAUUGAUGCUUUGCAGUUGAUGGAGAAAGAAGUAGUUGCUGCAGUGGGUCCACAAUCCUCAGGAAUAGCACAUGUCAUUUCUCAUCUAGUGAAUGAGCUUCGUGUCCCCCUUUUGUCUUUUGCAACUGAUCCUACUCUUUCCUCUCUGCAGUACCCAUAUUUUCUUAGAACUGUCACAAAUGAUUACUUCCAGAUGUAUGCUAUUGCUGAUCUGGUUGAUUAUUAUGGGUGGAAGGAGGUUAUAGCCAUAUUUGUUGAUGAUGACAAUGGUAGAAAUGGGAUAUCUGUGUUGGGUGAUGCCCUUGCAAAGAAGCGGGCCAAGAUUUCUUACAAAGCAGCCUUUCCUCCUGGAGCUAAUACAAGUGAUAUCGAUGACUUGUUAGUCAAUGUGAACCUUAUGGAGACACGAGUUUAUAUCGUUCAUGUAAAUCCGGAUACUGGACGAUCCAUUUUUUCAAAGGCAAAAAAUUUGGGAAUGAUGAGCAGUGGCUAUGUUUGGAUUGCUACUGAUUGGCUUCCAUCUGUUUUGGAUUCAUCAAAUUCAGUUAAUAAAGAUACUAUGGACCUAAUACAAGGGGUUGUCGCGCUUCGCCAUCACACUCCAGAUUCUGAUAACAAAAAGGCAUUUGCAUCUCGAUGGAAAAAUUUGAAGGGUAAAAAAACUUCAAGUUUUAAUUCUUAUGCACUCUAUGCUUAUGAUACAGUUUGGUUAGUUGCCCGUGCUCUUGACCUUUUCUUCAAGGAUGGUGGAAAUGUCACUUUCUCUGAUGACCCCAGUUUGCGUGAUACCAGUGGAAACUCUCUGAAUUUGUCAUCUCUCCGAGUUUUUGACCAAGGACAGAAAUUACUCCAGAUACUUGCUGGCAUGAACUUCACUGGUCUAACUGGUCAGAUUCAGUUUGAUCCUGAGAAGAAUUUGAUUCUUCCAGCAUAUGAUGUUCUUAACGUAGUUGGAACUGGAUUACGCACGAUAGGUUACUGGUCAAACUAUUCUGGUCUCUCUGUUAUAACUCCAGAGAUUUUAUACACAAAGCCUGCGAACACUUCAACCAGUAACCAACAUUUAUAUAAUGCUAUAUGGCCAGGAGAAACUAUAAAACGACCUCGAGGAUGGGUUUUUCCUAAUAAUGGCAAACCGCUGCGAAUUGCUGUUCCUUUCCGUGUUACUUUUGAAGAGUUUGUGAAGAAAGACAAAGGACCUUCCGGGGUGAAAGGAUAUUGCAUUGAUGUGUUUGAGGCUGCAAUAGAUUUGUUGGCUUACCCUGUCCCUCAUGUCUACAUUUUAUAUGGAAAUGGAAAAAGAAACCCCUCGUUCAACAGCAUAGUGGAUGAUGUUGCACAAAAUAAAUAUGAUGCAGCUGUUGGGGAUGUUUCAAUUACGACAAACCGCACUAGGUUUGUGGACUUCACACAGCCUUAUAUGGAAUCUGGACUCGUUGUAGUUGCUCCUGUCAAAGAGAUCAAAUCCAGUCCAUGGGCUUUCCUUAGACCAUUUACAGUCCAAAUGUGGUGUGUAACUGGGGCAUUCUUCCUCUUUGUUGGAUUUGUUGUUUGGAUUCUUGAGCAUCGGAUGAAUCCUGAAUUCCGUGGUCCACCGAGGCAACAACUUGUUACAGUGUUCUGGUUUAGUUUCUCAACCAUGUUUUUUGCACAUAGACAGAACACGUUGAGCACGUUGGGUCGCUGUGUACUGAUAUUCUGGCUCUUUGUGGUUUUAAUUAUCAAUUCAAGCUAUACAGCUAGCUUGACAUCUAUCCUUACAGUACAAAAGCUUUCUUCGGGGAUUAAAGGAAUCGACAGUUUAAUUUCAAGCCCUGAUCCUAUAGGAGUCCAGGAUGGGUCAUUUGCAUACAAUUAUCUCAUCGAGGAGCUACAUGUUCCAAAGUCACGUCUUCGAAUAAUAAAAAGUGAAGAUGAAUAUGUCAGUUCCCUUCAGAAUGGUCCACAAGGUGGAGGUGUUGCUGCCAUUGUGGACGAGCUCCCUUAUGUUGAGCUGUUUUUGUCUAAUAACAAAUGCAUAUUCAGGACUGUGGGGCAGGAGUUCACUAAGAGCGGAUGGGGAUUCGCAUUUCAAAGAGACUCUCCUCUAGCUGUUGAUCUAUCGACUGCGAUUCUUCAACUGUCAGAAAAUGGCGAAUUGCAACGGAUCCAUGACAAAUGGCUACCGACCAAUGGAUGCUCUUCACAAAACAAUCAAGUUGAUGACACUCGGCUUUCCCUUAAGAGCUUCUGGGGUCUAUAUGUGAUCUGUGGUGGUGCUUGUGCAGUUGCACUUAUAGUGUUUUUCUGCAGAGUUUACUUUCAAUUCCUCAGAUAUGCCCCCGAGAUAGAGGAACCGGAGAUCAGUGAACCUGAAUCUGCAAGGUCUAGUAGGCGUACAUUCGGGUCACGUAGCUUCAAGGACUUGAUUGGCUUUGUUGAUAAAAGAGAAGCUGAGAUCAAAGAGAUACUCAAGCGUAAGAACAGUGACAACAAGAAACAGAUGAGUUACAACUCAGAUGUACAACCGAGUUCCCCUGCUUAAUAUGUUCUUGGGUUGGUGUUCUUUCCCUUAUACAUAAAUGAUAUAUACAAUUCCUUUUUAUAAGUGCCUUAUUUUGACAUAAAAAGGCUAGGUAGAUUAGAAUGAAAAUGUCUUUUUAAGCUAUUUAGUAGGAAAAAAUUAAAAUAGAUGAAAAAACAUGGAUAUAUUUUGUAUAAAUGUACGUUAUAGAGGGACAAUUUAUUUAAAGUUUAAUCAAACUAUCUUCCUUCUCUGGG